AUGUCUGAAAUAAAACCUUCGUCCGGAAUUAAUUCAUCCAAAGAUCAUGUCUCUAGUGUCAGUAAUGCUCCUACUGAUAUUGCAGGUGCUCCUACCACAACAGAUAAAUAUGAAAAUACGCGUCACUUGAAUUAUGGUCAAACAAAAAAUCAAGAUACACCUACUCGUCAAUAUUCUGCAAGUUCUGAUUCAAAACCAAUAUUGCACCAUACAUUUUUUGAAGAGUUUAGAGGUGGUCAAAGUGUUCCACCUGGAAUUGUUUUCAUAACAACUGGUCCUGCCUUGGUCAUAUAUACUAUUGUAGUCUUUGAAGAUGUUGUAAUAGAGAAUACUUUAGUAAAACUAUUUUUGGUUUUAGUCUCAGUAGUUAGUAUAGUUGAGGUUUUUGUGGUAGUUAUAUAUUUUGGAAUGGUUCUUGUUGAUGUCACGCAUGUUAUUACAGGUAUGUGGUAG